UGAAAAGAAAGCAACAACAAGAGGGCGCACACUCGCCAGUGGACCGUACGCGCUGCCGUAUCGGUGGAAUGUUUCCUCCUCAAUCGCGCUAGUGCUGCAAUUCGCGCAACCAAGCAUAGAAGUGAUCCGUGGAUCCGUCGUGAGCUCUCCUUCGCUCUGUGGUGUUUUACUAGCGCCUGGCGUGUGUACGUGUGUGUGUGUGGAAGUCAGUGUACGCGCAGUGUUCUAUGUAUUUGUGAAGUGUUGGGUGAUUCGCGCGUUGGCCGUGGUUUCCUGUUUUAUUCGCGGCGGCGGAUACGUUCGUGCUUUCCUUGAUUCAUGAUUUUUGCCAGCGAGAACAAGGUGGCGUUCGUCAUCCUGUGUGUGUUUUAUGGUUUCUCCCAGCUGCACCGCUAUUUUGGUGCGUGUGUGCUGUGAAUUUAUUUUCACACGUGUGUCCGUGUGUGGCCGAGUGCGUGUUUAUAUAUAAAUAGUCCCAAUAGUUCGAUCGUGCGUGAUCGUGCGUAAAAGUUAAGGUGUGUAAAGAAGCAUUGUAAAACCCACACACACACACACACAAGAAUCGAUCGAUAGCUGUAUGUGUAUGUGUGUGUAGUGUUUGUGCGAAUUGUGUGAUCGGUCACAGCAAGAAGGAAAACGGAAAACCCAAAAAGGAAGAAAAUUUGUGUCCCAAGCCUAACGAAGGAUCAUCGCCAAGGGCUGUCGUCCUUUGGCGCGCCGUAUUUGCUUCACAUGUCCUUCGGUGCGUUGGUGGCCGGAAACCCAGCAGGAAGGAUGAAGAUGUAAACGAAAGAAAAAGGGAGCAGCCGUCUACAUUUCUACAACAGUGCGAAAGAACCACCAAAGUCACGUUCCAAAAACGGUCCUGAUCCUCUGGCACCGUGCAAUCGUGCUGAAGCUGAACACUUGCACAUCACCCGUGCAUAUCUCCCAGCAGCAGAUGUAUCCAGCAUAGUGCAGAAAACGGACAGCAGUGCGCGUGCAGUGUGUACGCGGUUCAUCCGACAGGCUAGCUGAAGAACUGUGGACCAAGACAGGACUGUUAUAUAGUACGUUCUGCGUGUGUUUGUUAAGUGACAGGCCCCCGGGGGGUGUUAGGCAAGGGUGCUGGAAUUGUACGCUGGAGUGGUGUCUCCGCCCCAGUCUGACAAUACGGCGUCACCAGCCAUGCUAGCGGCGGGCAUUAGAGUCGCCCGCGGUCCCGACUGGAUCUGGCAUGAACAAGAUGACGGUGAAGGACACGUUGGUACACUGUGCGAAAUAGGACGCUCCGGAUCGACGCACUCGCCAGACAAAACGGUCGUGGUGAAUUGGGACUCGGGCCACCGGACAAACUAUCGCGUCGGUUACCACAAACAGUACGAUCUGAUCGUGAUCGACAACGCACAGAUAGGCGUAAAGCAUCCGAACGUGGUGUGCGACGGUUGCAAUAAGGCGGGCAUUGCAGGCAUCCGGUUCCGGUGUGCGGAAUGUCAGUACUACGAUCUGUGCGCCACCUGCUACGGUAAUGACGUGCAUGACCUCGACCAUCCCUUCAUCCGCUUCCAGACUGCCAAUUCGGUCGGCAUCCGUCUGCCACCACGGAAAGGUACGCCCAAGAUACAGUUGAAAGGCAUCUUCGUUGGUGCAAGGGUUAUACGCGGUCCCGACUGGGAAUGGAAUAAUCAGGACGGUGGUCCUGGAAAAACUGGUCGUGUGUUGGAAAUUCGCGGCUGGGACAACGAGUCCUGUCGAAGUGUAGCGAGUGUUGCCUGGGCUUCCGGCUCUACGAACGUGUACCGGCUAGGCCACAAAGGAAACGUGGAUCUGCGUUACGUGCAGCCGUCGGUUGGCGGUUUUUACUACAAAGAUCACAUGCCAGUAUUAGGACAACCGGAAGAACAGCAACCGGUUUCGCCACCGGUGCGUUCGCACUUUUACGUCGGCGAUCGGGUGCAGGUGGCCAUCUCAGAGGAGCGUCUGAAGACGCUACAGCAGGGCCAUGGAGGCUGGAACCCGCGGAUGGCCGAGUACCUCUCGAAGGUCGGCAUCGUGCACCGGAUCACGGACAAGGGUGAUAUUCGGGUGCAGUACGAGGGUUGCUCCAACCGGUGGACCUUCCACCCGGCAGCGCUCGUGAAGAUCUUCAGCUUCAACGUCGGUGAUAUCGUUACCUUCAUUGCGGACGCGGCCGUAAUGCAGCAGCUCCAGAAAGGGCACGGCGAGUGGAUCGAAACGAUGCAGAAUGUGUUGGGCAAAAUGGGGAAAGUGAUCAAGAUCUAUGGGGAUGGUGAUUUGCGCGUCCAGCAGCUGGACGACGAUAUGGCGUGGACAGUGAACCCCAAGUGUGUGAAGUUAUCGACGGCGGCGCAUGCUGCCGCGACCGAGCGUUCGAACAGUAUGCGGGAUCUAAGCAAUCAGCGCAUCAACGAACACCACAUGGCACCGUUGGCUGGGUUGGGUGGUCACACGGCCGCAGAUCGGUUGGUACGUGAAGCUGCGCUCGGUAACCUCGAAUUCGUCCAGACCUUCCUGAACAUCAAUCCGGAAGCUGUGGACUGCGUGAGCGGUGGAAAGACCUGUCUGCAGGUGGCUGCCCACCAGGGCCACGUGGAGCUAGUGAAGUAUCUGCUGCUCGUCGGCGCCAACGUGAACGUGACGGACAAGGAGGGCGAUACCACCUUACACUAUGCGGCGUUCGGUAAUCAGCCUGAAAUCAUGCGCGUACUGCUACAGAACAAAGCCAAAAUCGACGAGCUCAACUCAUCGCACUGUACCGCAUUGCACAUUUCCGCACACAAGAAGCCGCCGCACUGUGUCAAAGUGUUGCUAGAGUUCGGAGCGAACGUGAACGUGCAGGACGCGUACGGCGACACGGCACUGCACGAUGCGAUCGGCAAGGAGAACAUCGAGGUCGUGGAGAUGCUGUGCGGAUCCCCGACGCUUGACCUCACCAUCCGCAACCAUCGUGGCUUUAAUGCGUUACAUCACGCGUCUCUCAAGGGAAAUGUGCACGCGGCGCGACACGUCAUACGGUUGGCGCGCCAGCUGGUGAACGUGCGUAAGGAUGACGGGUUUUCGGCCCUUCAUCUAGCUGCGCUGAACGGCCACACGCGCAUCAUCGAGGUGUUGGUGCAGGAGGGCCAGGCGGACAUAAACAUACGGAACAACCGCAGCCAGACGCCUUUCCUGCUGGCGGUAUCACAGGGUCAUACGGCCUCGAUUGAAAAGCUUGUCGAUCUGGGAUGCGAUGUGCGAGCGCGCGAUGAAGAUGGCGACAACGCAAUGCAUCUGUGCAUCAUCAAGAAGGCGAAUCUGGUGCAGGACAUCUCUCCGACGGAUGCACCGAAAAUCCACGACAUCUACCAAUCCCUCGGUGGUAUUGUGAUCGAGCAUCGGCUCAUGUACGCGCUGCUGUGUUUUCUCGCGAGCGAGGGCUGUCCGCUGGACGUUAAUCGCAAGGGUGCCCGCGUGCUGGACUGGAUUGGAAGCCCACAGAUUAAGGAGAUUAUCGUCGAAUACGAGCGGACUCGGUUAGCGCGGGAAGCGGCUGCUGCUGCCGCUCCGAACGGUCCCGUCAUCUCGACCAGCUUCCCGGUCAACUCGUCCGCUGCAACGUCAUCCCGCAAUUUACCCAACCCGGAGGAAGAAACACAAAUUCCACAGCAGUUGUUGUGUAACUUUGAAUCCAUGAGCAUCGCGGCGCCCGGACUGGAACCUGUGGGUAGUGGGACGGUAGAAAAGCUGGCGGACGCUGCCGGAAGUGCAUCGCUUGCGCUCGAGAAUGGGCUAGCCGGAGCCAGUGGACUGCAGCAUCCUGCACCGCCCGGUCCAAGCAAUCCGCCAACGCCGGCCCGUCGUAACAGAGGACAUGGAGUGCGGGAUGCAAACGCCGCCGGUGCACUCGUCACACCGCCUGCUGUUCUCGGUGCUGGCGGGCAUAGUGAUGAGGCCGACCCGAACCUGCUACUGCACCCGUCCUCCUCCACCUCCUCAGCAACCGCCAACGUAAGCCCCAGUAGUGCCGCCAGCAACGGCAACACCGUGUUUGUAGAUAGUCCCGCUCGGUACAAGUCACCCAACAGAGCCUUAUCGCCUGCCAUGGGCGAACCCCUGCUACUACCACCACCGGCAGCAGCACCCACGCCACCACCGCACGGUUCACCGUCGCCGUCGUCCCUGACCAGCGGCGGCCCGAGCGUCGGUCCCUCGUCGAAGCAUAUCAGCCGGCGGCAGUUUGUGAUGGACAAGGGUGCGCUACCUCCUGCCCCACCACCAUCCUCCUCCUCCUCAUCUUCCACCAAUCCUGCCUCGUGUUCAGCUAGUCCGACGCCACCGGCCACCGGUGCGCCACCGCCGGUCCCGCCUCCACUCCCUCCCAUCAGCGUCAACCUGCAGCAUCACCUUCAGCACGCGCUACCACCGACGGAAGCCCCCCGCGAAUGUAUCGUCUGCAACGAAACGCUCCAGCUGAUCGUGUUCGAUCCCUGCCAUCACCAGAUCGCGUGCGAAGAUUGUGGGCUGCGCAUGAAGAAAUGUCUCACCUGCGGCAUGCACAUCGAGCGCCGUACGACUGCCGCCGGAUGGCCGCUGCUGGGACCGAAGGAUGGUCGGCAUCCGUCCGCCGACCGGUUGCGGUACCUCGAGAGCAAAAUCAUGGAGAUCGAGGAAACGCACUGCUGCAGCAUCUGCAUGGAGCGGCGGCGCAAUUUGGCGUUCCUGUGCGGGCACGGUUCCUGUUCGAAGUGUGGCGAAACGCUCAAGAUUUGUCACAUGUGCCGGAAGCCGAUUACGAAAAAGAUCAACCUUUAUUAGGGAAGCGUGUUCUCGUGCCGCCAGCCAGUACGUAUAGCGUGUUUCGACCGGUGUACGAGAUUGGUGUUAGUGUUAGGAAAGGCAAUGCUAGCAGAAUGAAACGAGUGAAGAGGAACCAUAUACACACACGCGCGCGCAAACACACGAUAGGAGAGUGUCCUAUGGCUUAAAACGGUGGCAAGAAAGUGGCGAAGCAAACGGGAAAGGUUAUCUGUAAGUGUUCACUAUUUAUUUCAAUCCUACUGGGAGAGCCCAAACCCAUUCAUCCAGACCCCCGCAACGUCCCGAGCCACAGCAGUCAUUUCGGAAGGCACGCUACCACGCGAGAGGCAAACAGGGCGCUCGACGCCCCAACACUAUUUCCUAAAACCUAGUCCUAUUCGUAUUCUGUUUAGGGAGAGCGAGAGCGAGAGAGGGGUUGCGGGCGUUUUAGGGGUUUAAGUUCCGUUUCCGUUCCGUUGCUUAAGCGCCUGUGCGCCGUGUGUACAUGUAAUCUUUAUUAAUAUUAUUAUUAUAUUUUGGUAUAUGUUACAUAAAUAGGUAUAUAGUAGCUACAAAAUAAUGUGUAUGACAAAUGUUGAACGAUAAAACAACGGUUCCGACAGUGAAUGCAAAAUCACUUAUCCAAUGUCCGUGUGUGUGUGUGCGUGUGUUUGUAUGUCUUGUUAAAGUAAAAGCGUGUCGAUACGCGUGUGUACACAUUAGUUUAUGUCCUUUACGUCACAACUCUAGUAUAAUUUUGCUUGUGCAGAUUGAAAACGAUAAUGCCAGAAUACAGCGAAACACAACCCUUUAAAACUAUCGCCCGUUUACACAAAAUUUGUAUCAUAAAACUUGAGAAGAAUUUCUACGAAUUUCGUCGUUGUUUGCCAUCGAAAAAGCGCGAAAAAAAACUCUCUUCUAAAGUAUAAUGCGCACUGGUCUUUUCCACUUCUUGCUUUGCUGUAAUUAUCGCAUUGCACAAAACAAUCGCUUAAUUCGAUAUCGUACCCUGUACAUAGCUAUAUCCGCGUCCCAGAGAUGUCCCUGAGCGUUCAUGGUAUGCACGCUCGUCUUUGCAAAUUACAGCACAGCAUCUUUCCUACUUCACAGCCACAGAGAGAGAAGAUUUGGAAGUCGUUCGUCGAUCCCAAUUUUUUUCCUAGCGAAACUACUGCCCAGUUAUUUAUUUUCCUACAUGAUCCUUAUCCUAACGUGCGUUUUGAGUUAAUGAAAGAGUAAUCAUACCUAGGGAGCGUGUUUUGUUCCGCGUGUUACCGUGUUUCGUUUCUGAGUGCUACAACUGAACGUCCACCUCAUUUCUGUUUUUGUAUCCAUGGCGCACUGUGGCUUAGGACACACAGACACGUUGCACACACACUGCCUCAGCUAAAUGUAUCGAAACCAGGCCAAAACAAAAAUGUCUUCGUUCGUUGUGGAUAGUAAAUGAACAGUGAGAUUGUAGCAAACAGCAUAUUAUAGAUGUAACAGCAGCCAGAGCACAUCGAUUGUUACCGAUCGUGUGCGAAACAGUGUAGCCUGCAAAAGAAGCAGCAAGCCCGGUUAGCACGUAAAUGGAAUAGGCUAUUGGAAUAUACAUUGGAAUAUUACGACCGAUCGAUUGCAUAUUAUGUACAUUAUUGUGCGCGUCUGUAUUUGUGUGCGUGUGUGUAUGUAGCUUUAGAAGAACGGCUGAAUGGUGAAUGUUAACGUAUUUCCCAUCGGGGUUUGUCCCGUACUUUGUUUAACCAAACAACAAGGGGGUAUAGCUUUUUGUAUAAUCGAUCGUUUUUCUUCUUGCGUUUGUUAACAUUUUUAUACCACACUAGACCGCAUAACCUACAUAUGUGUCUUGUUUUGUGAUGACAUACGUGAGAGAAAAACCGUGUAGAAACAACAACACACCUUAUCUGGGAUAGCACAGUGGAGACCGGAAGUGGAACCAGAUUAUAGGACUGCUAGCUUUUGUAUAACUGUUUGUGUACACCUGCUUUUUGGGCAAUGCAAUGAUUGUAAUUUUAAGAACGGUGUGCGAGAAACACAAACACACACACGCGCGCUAAUUGAAAUAGGGAGCGUAACUAAAUUAAAGCAAAAUCAGCUGGAGAAGUACGGCUGGAGAGAUAGUUAGAUUUACAAAUAAUUUUCUUUACAAAAAACAACCUAAAAUCGCUUUUCUUGCUGUUAAUUUGAAGGAGAGAAACGACCUUAAAAAUUUACGGUAGUUUUUGCAUUGGAGGCUAUUCUUCAACUCCGCUUGGCUUUACGAUCUUUCAGACCUUUUUUAUACCACUCAUCCACUUGAGGUUGAGAUGGAAUUUUUUAACAGGCCCUGUGCUGUGUCAGAGGUCCCAACAAAGAUGUAGUGUUAUUUCGAUGAGUAGCACACUAUUAUGUACCUGGUAUAAUGGUGUCAAAGCCGAGAAUUAUUCAACAUGGCAUACACUGAUGAUAUAGUUUUCCACUGCUGUUAAAAAUCGUCUUAAUAUGCAGCAUUUUAACGUCUCUUCGGGGCUGAUAACGUCAUGGGAAUGACAUCGAAAAUAAUCCUGAUCGUUCAGGUCGUCCAGAGGUAAAUGCUUUCGCCAUAAAAAAAACCUAAGAUCCAUCGACCAUCAGCACCUAAUUCUUCUGCUACCCAACUGCAAAGUGUUUGCAAUAACUACUAAGCAAUGCAAUGCAAUUGUUGACAAAUUGUUUUAUAAUAGAUAUUACAUGCCAUCUGUCGAAAAACGUAAAGAACAAAACAAAAAGCUACAAGAGAAAACAUAUUUGGCGCAAAACAUGUUUAGAAAGCAUCGAAAAGUGUUCAAACGAUUGGAUAGAUAAAGCUAAAAUGUUGCAACAAAAUGUGUCACUUUGCACCUACAAACUUAACAUACAUGUCAUGAAGUUGUGUAUUGGACAAACAAAAAGGAUAACCCACGGCUGCUAGCUAAUGAUGUACUCCCACACGUCUAAACACACGAAAGAACACGAAAUAGUUAAACGCUGUUACUAAAUGUGCAAAACGCACCUGGAUGAGAUAGUUAAUAUGAGCGAAAAAUGAUACACAGAGUUCACUGAAUGAAGCCCACGGAACACAACAUGGCGGAGUAUGAGUGUGUGUGGUUGGUGUGAUAGACAAAUGAACGAAAUAGUCGCAAUGAACGCUACCCUAAUCAUUUGUACUACCAUUACCCGGCUCCCCAAAUCGUUACUAGAAUUACAUUGUAUGUAAAUGGAUAAAUGAAAACUUUGUAUAAAAUAAAGGAAAAUAUGAUUGAAAAAAUUAAAA